AGUUCCCUUGCCUUUUUCUUACCUUCUCUCUGUCUCUGUGUCGCCCUCUCACAAACGUCUUAACAAAUUUGUCCUCUUCCUCCUCCACUCCUGACCAGAGACUCUCUGUCAUUUCAUCUUCCAAUUCUCUUCUCUUAUCCUUCAAGCAACUCUCAUUUUCAUUCCCUUCUUUUUCUUCUCCUUCCUCAUCUCAGAUUUCAAUUUAACUCCACCAAAACCUUCCAUUCUCAUUCGUCAUCUUCAAUUCUAGUAGUUGCAAAAAAUAUACCAAAAUUGAUUCACAUUUCCAUUUUUCACCACCAUUCAUUUUCCCAAGCUUAACCAUUUCUCGUUACUCAAUGACAUUGACAACCCAUAAUUGAUCUCAUUUUUCCGAUUCAGAGUUUUCAUCUUUUCCAAAAAGCGCCAUUCAUUGAUUAACCCACAAAACAUAACACAGAAAGAAAGAAAAAAAAACCAAUGCAAUCACCAAUGGAUGCAUCACCCCAACUGAAACCACCGCCGCUGCAGAAACCACCGGGUUACAGAGACCCCACCACCCCACCUCUACAGACAACGCCGAAACCGUUUCCUCCGCCGCGGAAGGCCGCCCUCCCAACCACCUUCCGCCAGAAACGGAAGCGGCGCGGGUGCUGCCGCAUAUGCUGCUGCAUCUUCUGCGUCAUCUUCCUCGUCCUGAUAUUCGCCGCCGCCGUCGCCGCCGGCCUCAUCUACAUCGUUUACGACCCCGCCCUGCCGGUGUUCCACCUGGGCUCGUUCCGGUUCACGAAGAUGAACGUUACCGAGAGUACCGACGGAGCCUACCUGGACGCCAACACGACGGCGAGGGUGGAGGUGAAGAACCGGAGCAGCAGGAUGGUGUGGCAUUUCCAGGAGAGCAGCGUGCAGAUUACGGCGGAGAAUGGGGACCUGAAUCUGGGGUCGACGAAGGUGGCGAGGUUUGAGGUGAAGCAGAAGAACAAGACGGAUGUGAAGGCGGAAACAACCGUGAAGGGGGAGGCGUUGGAUGAGAGGCAGAGGAGGAAGCUGAAGGGGACGUUUGAUGCGAAGGCUUUGGUGCCCACUGUGGAGGUUCAAACCAGAACGGGUGUGAGCAUGCAGGGUUGGAAAUCUGGUUCGAUUCCUGUUACUGUCGUCUGUGGUGGUGUCUCCCUGAAGAACCUCGAAAAUGGAGACAUGCCCCAAUGCUCCUAUACUCUCUUCAAAUGGAUCAAAAUACCGCGAUGAGUUGGGGAUGUGUUGAUUGAUGAUCCAUCGUGCAAUUCAGAGGUGAAGGCUUUGUUAUCAAAUUGGAUUACACCUAAAUUAUUUGUAUACACCUUUCUUUAUCUCUUUUCAAAAAGAAAAAAAAAUUGCUUAGUAAAAGGUAUACAGCAGUUCAAUUUGCUGCUUGGUUCUCCCAAAUGUGUAGUGGGAUGCACAUAAGUUCAUACAUGAGGUUGUAUUUAUCAAACUAUUUUUUUUUAAUGUAGUUGUUAAUAGGAAUCCUCACUCAA